UUGUAUUAUUUUGUAAUUAAUUUUUGUUUUGCAUUUGAUUUUGUAAUACAAUUCAAUUUGUGAUAUAAUGUACGAUAUAUUGAAAGUGAAGUACGGUUUAGCGAUAUCGGCCGUAUCGGCCGUUACCAUCAUUAUAUGCAACCAAUUAUUGCUCAGAUCUUGUCGGCCGUUAUAUCCCAUGAAUUUACGCCAAUCCACGGAUCAGUACAAGCGCUGGAAGUGGAGAAACUUCUUGAUCUCAUUCAUACACUCUAUGCUCACUGGCUUUGGAUCUCUUAUAUGUGUUGUCUAUAAGCCGGCACUUCUUGUGGAUGUGAUCGAUACCUAUCUGGAGAUGGCUUACGUCCUCACAUCCAUAUCUCAUGGUUAUUUUAUAUACGAUUUGAUCGAAAUGUUAACUCAUUUACAAUACAAAGGGUCCAAAGAAUUGGUUUUGCACCACAUUCUGAUAAUCUCGUGUUUCUCGUUGACAGUCACUCAACACAAGUACUGCGGUUACGCCUCUAUCGCCCUAUUGAUCGAAUUGAGUAAUAUAUUCCUCCACUUUCGACAAUUGUUGCUCAUCUCGAAUACAUCGAAAGGCUCGACAAUCUAUCGGACCAAUUGCUACACGAAUCUCGGUGUGUUUGUGUUGGUGAGGGGCGCGUGUUUGGUGUGGCUGUGGGCCACACUGUUAUGGGUGUUGCCGAGAGUGCCACUCGUUGCCAAAACCAUAGCGUUUGUGUCGCUGGUGGGCAUCUGUACCAUGACUUGCGUGCUGUUCGUACGUGUCUAUCGAUCGGACUUUUCCGGCCCCACCCGGUCUUCAAAGUCGGCGCCCAACGCGUCGGUAACGGCCGGCGGCGGAGCGACUCAGCCAUUACUGGCCGCUGCCGGUGGCGGACAGCCCUCGACAGCACCGCCAUCGCCGGGCAAUGGGUUCGUUACGGCCGGCAUUUCCAAUGAGGUUAAACUUCAUUCAAAAGACUCGUAG